AUGCUCUUUUUUUCAGCUUGCACCCCUGCUGGAGAAUCCAUUGAUGCUUCAAGUGGUAACAUUUCCAGCCCCAAUUUUCCCAACAACUAUGAUGCAAACAGGAUUUGUACCUGGAAUAUCACUGUGCCCAGUACGAAAAUCAUCAAACUGACCUUCGUGAACUUUACCCUGGUAACAGGUGAAAACGAUGACUGUGCUGGAGCGGCAGUAGAUAGUGCCCGGGUCUUUAUCACAAACAUUGCCUCUCAUGGAGGAAAACCUAACGACUUUAAGAUCUGUGGUCAAAAGCUUCCCCCUCCUGUGUACUCAGAGGGAAAUUUCAUUCAAGUGAGAUUUGAAUCUCGCAACGGCCCUGUAAACAAAGGGUUCAAUGCAACCUUUGAGGCGAUAGAUGGAGAUUUAUGUAAGAGCUCUUCUUCUAUGGUAGUUUAUUAACUGGAAGCAUACAAGUGUACUGAACACGUACCACUAUUAAAUUGAGCGAGACUUAUGUUGAAUAUAUCAUACAAAUAAUAACGAAGGCAAUCUUUGAACAGCUAUAGUCUGUAGAAAAAAAAUUGCAUAUAGUCAAGCCUUUUAUUCGAACGCAAGCUGCUAUAUUUAUCAAUUGUUAUAACUGUUAACGUACGGAAAAUGAACUGUAGGUGUUAUUAAAAAUCAUCCAGUUGACCACCGUGGACUGUAAACCUCAUCAAAACUGGAACAGUUUUCGGAGAGAAAGAAGCUUCGUUAAGAUUUUUCUCUUUUUCUUUGAAUAAAUUAAGUUUUUUAUAGUAAGUAAGAUGCAUUUUACUAAAGCUGGCAGUCUUUUACUCUUUCCAGUGUGCCCAACAGAUAUGAUCCUCAAUGAAACAUCAGGUUCCUUUUCCUCUCCCUUUAAUCCAAGAAACUAUCCAUUCAACCAGACAUGUAGCUGGAAGAUUAUAGGGAAACAAGGAUACUAUGUUGAGCUCACAAUACCAGACUAUAAUCUACAACGCUGUGAUGGCACUGCUUGCUUGUGUGAUUAUUUGGAAGUUCAGAAUAGCUUCAGUGAUAAAGCACUACCUGGAAAACUAUGUGGUACACCAAGGUUUAUUCCUUUAAAAUUUUAUUCACUGAACGAAAGCUUGAGGGUGGUGUUUGUGUCCGAUGAUACAAACAUGGAUUAUGACGGAUUUGGGGCAACUUACAAGCUGUUGAACUACAGUCCUCCAAGUAGGUAG